AUGGCAACCAUAUUCCUAUGGAAUGCUCGCCUGGAGGACUUCAGGCAUGCAAAGAGUACCAUCAUUUUCCCUUGCUUUUUUAUGUUCGAAUAUUUGCUUUUUUAUGAUGAAUACUGGUCUAAAAUAAUGAAAUUAGUUGGAAAAGAUAUUUGGAAAAUCAUGCAGAGGUGAAUUUUUGAGAAUAUUUAUCAUUAAACUUGUCAACAAGAGGGAACAUAUCAAUGAUGAUGUAAUCAAGGACUUUCAAUUGAUUCAAAUAAUUUCUUCAUCGCAAGAUAUUCCUCCCAUGAAACACCUUAAAUCCAUGAGAAUAUUUUUCAUAACUUGUUAAGGCAAAAUGACAUAGUUCAAUCUUUUUCAUAAGAUUUUUAUCUUCAGUAGAAGUCUUCAAUAAAAGACCACUUCCAGAUAUAACCCCAAGAACGAUUGGAGUUUGUGUGACGCCACCACCACCACCACAAUUUACGUUUUCAAUUCAGUUGUUAACACUGAAUUACCUGCUAAACUCUCCCACCGACGCAGCGCCACAGUUUCUUUAGAAACUUACUCCCUUUGUUCAAAUGAAACAAGUGUUGCAUUACGAUCAUCAGUGAAUUUAUUGAUAGAAUUCAUUAUAAAGCCAGAUGCAUUUGUUUUAUUUGUUCCUCUUACUGAAUAAUCAAACGAUCAUCAGCAUGCUUCUCAUAAUUUUGUUUUCAUAAUGACAUUAUUGUCAGAAAUUGUUUGUUUAAGUCAUUGCUAUUAUUAAUGCUUUCUCUUUGACCAUUAAAAAUUCCCGUUAUUCAUCAAUAUGUAACAUAUUUUUAUAAUUUUCGAAUAAAAAAUUAAUAAAAUCUCCACCAUCCAAUUCACCUGAAUCAAUUGUGAGAAAUAUUGAAUAGCCGACUAGUAUGUGUGAAGCAUAAAAAACAUUGAUAUCAACCCAUUAACCAUUUGCAUUUGUCAAUAUUCAUUAUUCUCUCUCGGAUGUUAAUAACACCAUUUACUGUUCAUUUUUCUGUUAUUUUAAUUGCGAAAGUUGUAGAGCUUUCCUUAUAAUGAUCUUUGAAAUGAAUUUCAUAAAAUCCGCUUUUUUAUAAGCAGUUCUUCACAAAUCAUAUCAAAAUGAGCUGUUUGAAAAGUCAGUGUUAUGAUCCUAAUUUUUAAAUUUGACGAUUUGUUCACUGUUAUGAUUGAGUUUUUAGUAAAGUAGUAUACACUUUCCAAUUUGUUGUUGAUUUGAGUGACGGCAGCGUCAUUUUUUUUCGGUUAUUGGAUUCUGAUCAUUGACAGCGUCAACCACAGUCUUCUCUUUUGUCAUUGUUACUGGAGUUUCUAAAACUCAUUAAUAUUUCAUAAGUUUGAUAGCCAAUAAAUAAUGGCUAAAUUCGUCAAGUGCAUGAGUUGUAAACACAGAUGAAAACCACUCGUGUUUUGGAUCACAUAUCAAAACCACGCGUGGUUUUCAUCUGUCUUCUUACUGUUCGUUUUGAAACGCCUUUUUCCUAUAUUCUAUUCUUUAGUUUGAUUGUUUACACUUUAAUUAUUGAUUAUUUAAAUCACGUUUUUUGGUAUCCGUAAUUAUUACACAAGAAUCGACGUUACAUAAGUUAGCUCGCGUUACACGUUCGAUAAAUAAGUGUCCUGAUUGUGUCAAGUUUAGUUGCUAUUUUGCUGUGAUGAGAGUACCAUCGUGCUACGCUACAAAACAUUAUCUUUGCUAUCCAAGCUAUCAUUUAGGAGCUUCACCAAAGUAAGUUAUGUCGUUUUCUGUUUAUGUUUCACAUGAUUUAAUUGUUACUUCGCUCUAUUGUUUGUUUGUUUGGUUUUUUUUAAUUGGAUUAAUUCGUUAAGUGAUUUCGCUGACCUUGUUAUAAGAUAGUACAAAAGAUCGUACAAUAGGUUUUCUUUAUUAUUACCUUUUAGUUCGAACCACGCUUGAUUAUCACAUAUUGCUACUGCUCCAAUAAACAUUGUCGGUGAUUCAAUACGUUGUCGAUCUUGAAUUUGUACGCUUGGCUGGUGUGUUCGUGCGUUCGAAUUGGCUCCUAGAGCUAUUGGCUAUCCACAUGUCAAUUUUUUUGACUGUGGUAUCUUUCUUCUGACCUUGUCUGGCAGCUUCACCAUCAUAUUCUGCUCUUUUAGGAUCUGUUUUUGUUUUAUCAUCAGUACCCCAUCGACCAUCACUUGAAGUUUUCAAUAAUUGAUCAUCAUUUGUCAAUUUGCGUUACGUUGUUUCACAAAAUAAUUUGUUGACGACAUCAUAAUUGGAAACUGCUGUGUGUAUAUUUUUUAUUCGAUGGUUAUUAAAGUUUACAUCACCUUGAAAAGUUUCAGAGCCAUCCAAAGUAUUAUUUGCAACAGAAUUAAUAUAUAUAUGUUUUCCAUCAAUGGCCGAUGUUGGAUCAGCCAAAUUGAUUAUUUUUUUCCAUUCAUAGUAAGACCCCUUGAUGAAUCAAUAGCACUAGAAUCACCUUUUGAACCUUGUAGACCAGCAUCACCUUUUGUACCUUGUGGAUCAGCAUUACCUCUUGGACCCUGUGGACCAAUAUCACCUUUCGGACCUUGUGUACCAGCAUCACCUUUUGUACCUUGUAGAUCAGCAUCACCUCUUGGACCCUGUGGACCAAUAUCACCUUUCGGACCUUGUGUACCAGCAUCACCUUUUGUACCUUGUGGAUCAGCAUCACCUCUUGGACCCUGUGGACCAACAUCACCUUUCGGACCUUGUGUACCAGCAUCACCUUUUGUACCUUGUGGAUCAGCAUCACCUCUUGGACCCUGUGGACCAAUAUCACCUUUCGGACCUUGUGUACCAACAUCACCUUUUGUACCUUGUGGAUCAGCAUCACCUCUU